AUGGACAAGAAGAAGGAUCUACUGGAGAACGAACAAUUUCUCCGCAUCCAAAAGCUCAACGCUGCCGAUGCGGGCAAAAGACAAUCUAUAACAGUGGACGACGAGGGCGAACUAUAUGGGUUAGACACCUCCGGCAACUCACCAGCCAAUGAACACACAGCUACCACAAUUACACAGAAUCACAGCGUGGUGGCCUCAAACGGAGACGUCGCAUUCAUCCCAGGAACUGCUACCGAAGGCAAUACAGAGAUUGUAACUGAAGAAGUGAUUGAGACCGAUGAUAACAUGUUCAAGACCCAUGUGAAGACUUUAAGCUCCAAAGAGAAGGCACGGUAUAGGCAAGGGUCCUCUAACUUUAUAUCGUAUUUCGAUGAUAUGUCAUUUGAACACAGGCCCAGUAUAUUAGAUGGGUCAGUUAACGAGCCCUUCAAGACCAAAUUCGUGGGACCUACUUUAGAAAAGGAGAUCAGAAGAAGGGAGAAAGAGCUAAUGGCCAUGCGCAAAAAUUUACACCACCGCAAGUCCUCCCCAGAUGCUGUCGACUCAGUAGGGAAAAAUGAUGGCGCCGCCCCAACUACUGUUCCAACUGCCGCCACCUCAGAAACGGUGGUCACCGUUGAAACCACCAUAAUUUCAUCCAAUUUCUCCGGGUUGUACGUGGCGUUUUGGAUGGCUAUUGCAUUUGGUGCUGUCAAGGCUUUAAUAGACUAUUAUUACCAGCAUAAUGGUAGCUUCAAGGAUUCGGAGAUCUUGAAAUUUAUGACUACGAAUUUGUUCACUGUGGCAUCCGUAGAUCUUUUGAUGUAUUUGAGCACUUAUUUUGUCGUUGGAAUACAAUACUUAUGCAAGUGGGGGGUCUUGAAAUGGGGCACUACCGGCUGGAUCUUCACCUCAAUUUACGAGUUUUUGUUUGUUAUCUUCUACAUGUAUUUAACAGAAAACAUCCUAAAACUACACUGGCUGUCCAAGAUCUUCCUUUUUUUGCAUUCUUUAGUUUUAUUGAUGAAAAUGCAUUCUUUCGCCUUCUACAAUGGCUAUCUAUGGGGUAUAAAGGAAGAACUACAAUUUUCCAAAAGCGCUCUUGCCAAAUACAAGGAUUCUAUAAAUGAUCCAAAAGUUAUUGGUGCUCUUGAGAAAAGCUGUGAGUUUUGUAGUUUUGAAUUGAGCUCUCAGUCUUUAAGCGACCAAACUCAAAAAUUCCCCAACAAUAUCAGUGCAAAAAGCUUUUUUUGGUUCACCAUGUUUCCAACCCUAAUUUACCAAAUUGAAUAUCCAAGAACUAAGGAAAUCAGAUGGAGCUACGUAUUAGAAAAGAUCUGCGCCAUCUUCGGUACCAUUUUCUUAAUGAUGAUAGAUGCUCAAAUCUUGAUGUAUCCUGUAGCAAUGAGAGCAUUGGCUGUGCGCAAUUCUGAAUGGACUGGUAUAUUGGAUAGAUUAUUGAAAUGGGUUGGAUUGCUCGUUGAUAUCGUCCCAGGGUUUAUCGUGAUGUACAUCUUGGACUUCUAUUUGAUUUGGGAUGCCAUUUUGAACUGUGUGGCUGAAUUGACAAGAUUUGGCGACAGAUAUUUCUACGGUGACUGGUGGAAUUGUGUUAGUUGGGCAGACUUCAGUAGAAUUUGGAACAUCCCAGUGCAUAAGUUUUUGUUAAGACAUGUUUACCAUAGUUCAAUGAGUUCAUUCAAAUUGAACAAGAGUCAAGCAACUUUGAUGACCUUUUUCUUAAGUUCCGUCGUUCAUGAAUUAGCAAUGUACGUUAUCUUCAAGAAAUUGAGGUUUUACUUGUUCUUCUUCCAAAUGCUGCAAAUGCCAUUAGUAGCUUUAACAAAUACUAAAUUCAUGAGGAACAGAACCAUAAUCGGAAAUGUUAUUUUCUGGCUCGGUAUCUGCAUGGGACCAAGUGUCAUGUGUACGUUGUACUUGACAUUCUAA